AGCCAACUAGGCCGCGCUGCUGCUCGGCGCCUCGGCUACCCGCGGGCCCAUGCGAGUCGCCGGACUGAGAGGAGCGACUUAGCGCCCGCGCCGCCGCCUGGGCUCGGCCUGUCCCCGGCUCAAUCCCGCCCGGCGCAAGCGGCCGGCCGGCCUCCCACAGGGCCAUGGCCGAGCGCGGCUGCCCGCUGGAGGCGGUGCCGCUGCCGCCUGAGGUGCGGGAGAGCCUGGCGGAGCUGGAGCUGGAGCUGUCGGAAGGUGACAUCACUCAGAAAGGGUAUGAGAAGAAAAGGGCAAAGCUGCUUGCACACUGUGUGCCGCUCGCUCAAGGAGUAGAUCCAUCUCUACAAGCAGAGAGUAGGACCUCCGGGUCCUUACAAGCCACAGCCCCAGCAGCCAAACAGCAGAAGCCACGGCCCAGCAACGCCCGGGACGAGCGCUUCAGGUCAGAUGUUCAUACCGAGGCCGUGCAAGCAGCUUUGGCCAGAUACAAGGAGAGGAAGAUGCCGAUGCCGUCGAAGAGGCGCUCCGUCCUUGCUCAUGUGCCCGCGGGUGCCUGCACCCCUCCAGACACAUCAUCCACCUCAGAAGACGAGGGCUCUUUGCGGCAACCCGGGCAACUGGCCUCCACUCCACUCCAGAGCUGCCCCAGCAUCGAGCCCUGGCUCGACCAGGUCAUUCAGGGCUCAUCCACCUCAUCCUCUGCAUCCUCCACCUCAUCUCACCCGGGAGGGAAGCCCGCUGCCACACCCGCAGGCCCCGUGGCCCACGCCCGCAUAGCAGAUUUGCACUCUGCCCCUCCUGAUGUCACCACGGGCCUCGUGCAGCACCAGCAUGCUCACAGAGAGCGCCCACAGCUGGCUUCUGUGAGAGGAGUCCCUCGAGGGUGCGGUGGGAGCGUCCUGGAGACGGCGGGAGGUGUCCCUGUGAACAGCAGGGUGUCCUCCAAGAUCCAGCAGCUUCUGAACACACUGAAGAGGCCGAAGCGCCCUCCGCUGAAGGAGUUCUUCGUGGAUGACUUUGAGGAGUUGUUGGAAGUGCAGCAGCCAGAUCCAAGCCAGCCCAAGCCCGAGGGCAGCCAGAUGGUGGUGCUGAAGGGGGAGCCCCCGGCCAUGGGCACUGACUGGCCGCCCUCGCUGCUGGCCGCCUUGCAGCAGUGGGGCACCACGCAGCCCAAAGCCCCGUGCCUGACCGCCCUGGACACUGCUGGGAAGGCCGUCUGCACCCUCACCUACGGCAAACUUUGGAGUCGGAGUUUAAAACUAGCUUAUACUCUACUUAAUAAACUGACUAGUAAGAAUGAACCACUGCUUAAACCUGGAGACAGAGUGGCAUUGGUGUUUCCGAACAGCGACCCGGUGGCGUUCAUGGUGGCGUUCUACGGGUGCCUCCUGGCAGGGCUGGUUCCUGUGCCCAUAGAAGUGCCGCUGACGAGAAAGGAUGCCGGCAGCCAGCAGGUCGGGUUUCUGCUGGGCAGCUGUGGCAUCACCCUGGCCCUGACCACGGACGCUUGUCAGAAGGGCCUGCCCAAGGCCCAGACCGGAGAGGUGGCGACCUUCAAAGGCUGGCCCCCCCUCACCUGGCUGCUGGUGGAUGGGAAGCACUUGACCAAGCCCCCCAGGGACUGGCUCCCACCGGCCCGGGACUCAGGGACUGGGCCCGCCUACAUCGAGUAUAAAACCAGCAAGGAAGGCAGCACAGUGGGGAUCGCAGUGCCCCACGCGUCCCUGCUGGCACAGUGCCGGGCCCUGACCCAAGCUUGCGGCUUCUCGGAAGCUGAAACAUUAACAAAUGUGCUGGAUUUCAAAAGGGACGCUGGCCUGUGGCAUGGAGUGUUAACAAGCGUCCUGAACAGGAUGCACGUGGUCAGCAUCCCGUACGCGCUGAUGAAGGCAAACCCGCUCUCCUGGAUUCAGAAAGUGUGUGCAUAUAAAGCUCGGGCCGCACUGGUGAAGUCCCGUGACAUGCACUGGUCUCUGCUGGCUCAGCGCGGUCAGAGGGACGUUAGCCUCAGCUCCCUGCGCAUGCUGAUUGUGGCCGACGGCGCGAACCCCUGGUCCAUAUCCUCCUGUGACGCAUUCCUCAAUGUCUUCCAGUCCAGAGGACUGAGGCCAGAGGUCAUCUGUCCUUGUGCCAGUUCUCCGGAGGCACUCACGGUUGCCAUCCGCAGGCCACCUGACCUGGGAGGCCCUCCUCCCAGAAGAGCUGUGCUGUCCAUGAGUGGCCUCAGUCAUGGGGUGAUCAGGGUGGACGCAGAAGAGAAGCUGUCGGUCCUGACCGUUCAGGACGUCGGUCAGGUGAUGCCAGGAGCUAAUGUCUGUGUUGUGAAGGUGGAAGGUACCCCUUAUCUUUGUAAAACUGAUGAAGUUGGAGAAAUAUGUGUCAGCUCCAGUGCAACUGCUGCAGCGUACUACGGUCUGCUUGGAAUCACGAAGAACGUCUUUGAGACGGUCCCGGUGACUGCUGGGGGAGCACCCGUCUCCGACAGGCCUUUCACCAGGACGGGGCUGCUGGGCUUCAUUGGGCCUGAUGACCUGGUCUUUGUCGUGGGCAAGCUGGACGGGCUGAUGGUGGUGGGAGUUCGCAGACACAAUGCAGACGACAUUGUAGCCACCGCGCUGGCCGUGGAGCCCAUGAAGUUUGUCUACAGAGGCAGGGUGGCGGUGUUCUCUGUGCCGGUGCUGCGCGAAGACCGGAUUGUGCUGGUGGCAGAGCAGCGGCCCGACGCCUCCGAGGAGGACAGCUUCCGGUGGAUGAGCCGCGUGCUGCAGGCCGUCGACAGCAUCCACCAGGUGGGCGUGUACUGUCUGGCCCUGGUUCCUGCCAACACCUUGCCCAAGGCUCCUCUCGGAGGGAUUCACAUUUCUGAAACCAAGCAGCGCUUUCUGGAGGGGAUGCUGCACCCGUGUAAUGUGCUAAUGUGCCCUCACACAUGUGUUACCAACCUCCCCAAACCUCGCCAGAAACAGCCAGAGGUCGGACCAGCCUCCAUGAUUGUCGGGAAUCUGGUUGCCGGGAAGAGAAUUGCUCAGGCCUCGGGGAGGGAGCUGGCUCACUUGGAGGACAGCGACCAGGCGAGGAAGUUCCUGUUCCUGCCAGACGUGCUGCGGUGGCGGGCCCACACCACCCCCGAGCAUCCGCUGUUCCUGCUGCUCAACGCCAAGGGCACUGUCACCAGCACCGCGACCUGCAUCCAGCUGCACAAAAAGGCCGAGAGAGUGGCUGCUGCCCUGACGGAGAAGGCUCAGCUGAGCGCCGGGGCCCACGUGGCACUGGUCUACCCCCCAGGGCUGGACCUCAUCGCCGCCUUCUACGGCUGCCUGUACUGUGGCUGUGUGCCUGUCACCGUGCGGCCCCCACACCCCCAGAACCUGGCCACCACGCUCCCCACCGUCAAGAUGAUCGUGGAGGUCAGCAAGUCUGCGUGCGUCCUCACUACGCAGCCCAUCGUGCGGCUGCUCAGGUCCAAAGAGGCAGCAGCCGCUGUGGAUGUCAGGACCUGGCCGACCAUUUUAGACACAGGUGUGCGUCCUUGGUGUGCUGAUGACAUACCCAAAAAGAAGGUGGCCAGCAUUUUCAGGCCCCCGUCCCCAGACGUGCUCGCGUACUUGGACUUCAGCGUGUCAACGACGGGGAUCCUGGCGGGUGUGAAGAUGUCGCACGCAGCCACCAGCGCCUUGUGCCGCUCCAUAAAGCUGCAGUGUGAGCUGUACCCCUCCAGGCAAAUCGCCAUCUGCCUGGACCCCUACUGCGGCCUCGGCUUCGCCCUGUGGUGUCUGUGCAGCGUCUACUCAGGACACCAGUCGGUGCUGGUGCCCCCGCCAGAGCUGGAGAGCAACGUGUCCCUGUGGCUGUGGGCCGUCAGCCAGUACAGGGCCCGCGUCACUUUCUGCUCCUACUCCGUGAUGGAGAUGUGCGCCCGGGGCCUGGGCGCGCAAACAGCUGUGCUCAGGACGAAGGGUGUGGACCUGUCCUGUGUGCGUACCUGCAUGGUGGUGGCCGAGGAGCGGCCUCGGAUCGCGCUCACGCAGUCCUUCUCCAAGCUGUUCAGGGACCUGGGCCUGCCUGCUCGCGCCGUGAGCACCACAUUCGGCUGCAGGGUCAACGUGGCCAUCUGCCUCCAGGGCACGGCCGGUCCCGACCCCACGACCGUCUACGUGGACAUGAGGGCACUGCGCCACGACAGGGUACGUUUGGUGGAACGAGGUUCUCCGCAUAGUCUGCCAUUGACAGAGUCUGGAAAGAUCCUCCCUGGGGUGAAGGUCAUCAUUGCCCACACCGAGACCAGAGGGCCCCUUGGAGACUCACACCUGGGAGAGAUCUGGGUGAGCAGCCCCCAUAACGCCACCGGGUACUACACGGUCUACGGGGAGGAGGGGCUGCACGCCGACCACUUCAGUGCCCGGCUGAGCUUCGGAGACACCCAGACCGUAUGGGCGAGGACUGGCUUCCUGGGUUUCCUUCGAAGGACGGAGCUCACCGAUGCCAGCGGAGCUCCCGGCUCCCACUGUGUGCCAUCCACAGAGCGACACGACGCUCUCUAUGUGGUCGGGUCUCUGGACGAGACGCUAGAGCUAAGAGGCAUGCGCUACCACCCCAUCGACAUUGAGACCUCGGUGAUCCGUGCACACAGGAGCAUCGCCGAGUGUGCUGUGUUCACCUGGACCAACCUACUGGUGGUGGUGGUGGAGCUGGACGGGCUGGAGCAGGACGCCCUGGACUUGGUGGCCCUGGUGACCAACGUGGUGCUGGAGGAGCACCACCUGGUGGUGGGCGUGGUGGUCAUCGUGGACCCAGGCGUCGUCCCCAUCAACUCCCGGGGGGAGAAGCAGCGCAUGCACCUGCGGGACGGCUUCCUGGCUGACCAGCUGGACCCCAUCUAUGUGGCCUACAACAUGUGACUGCAGCUCCCCUCCUGGCCCUGGGGCAGGGGUUGGGACUAGUCACAGGGCUGGGAUGCGUGGAAUCGGCAGUGUCUGCGGUCACUGGGAAAGGGACUCCAGGCCCCAGGGAGCCCUGUGCCCCUUCCUCCCUGCUUACAGAUCCAUCUCAUUUUAGAAACCACUUCCUGAAUUAUUCGAAGAAAUAGUUUAAUCAUCAAGCACGUUUACAGAAAUGGGUGUCUGUGUUGGAGCAGACGGGGCCAGGGAAGGGGCCUGGCAUGGGCGCUGCGGGAGCUGCAGGCGUGGUUCUCUGCUGUAUUGCCAGUUUGCACUUUUUUUUAGGCUAAAAAUACAGUUUUUGAUUUUAAAAAUUCAAUUAUUUAUUCCCACUUCAAAUGACAAGUUCAUAUAUAGCAUUUCUGCUAGAAAGAACUUGAGGCCUGAGCUGCUUCAGUUCCAUUCCACAGGGAGGCACAGAGCCCAGAAAGGCCGGUGGACCGGGACCAAGUCCUGGCUGCCCUUCUCACUCUUGUGCCCCAGUCCGGACACUGGACUCACACACGCUGCCUCCCUUGGAACAGGUGUGCCCGGCCGUCCACAGGUGUGGCUGUUUAUCCUUGGCAGUGGCAUUUUGGGGCCGUCAGUUUAGCUGCUCUGUGUUGGGAAGGUAGGCCACAUUCAGGUUCAAACCACUUUCUGAGUUUCCAGCUUCGUGCUGCUCAGUUGAAGUGCGUGUUUCCACAACCAUGGAAUGAGCUCCUCUCACUGCACAGAAGUGUGCCGAGUUAUUUUUAUUCCCAGUCACCAGUGCAGGGAGGUGCCCGUCCUCCGUGCUGUCUGCUGAGGGCCCCAUGGUGUGUCCAAGGGGCCACGGGAGAGCCUUGCCCCCUACCAUGCCCACGUGUGGCCAAGCCACAUUCAGUUGUUUCAUUCAAAUUUGACCAGAUUGAUCAAAUAUUACAGUAAACUCAAAUCAAAGAAGAGAGCGUGAAGUCCUUUAGGUACUUCUAGAGUGUGAAGUGAAGCUCGAAUCUACGAGUAUUUUUAUAUCAUUGACGAGAAGUGUUGUAGAGUUUUGGGGACUGAGGGCAGGAAAGUCUGUGGAUUGUGCACGCUUCCUGGAAGCAACCAGGUCUUUCUGGAAUUAGCCUGGGUCAGUGCUUAACGAAGCCGUUGUUCGUUCUAUCCACUUUAAAUUCUCCACCAGAAAGGUCUGGCUGCCCGGCCGACUCUCACGUCUGAUUCUUACUUGGCUACAAGUGGCUCAGGCUCAGUAGCUUUGUUGGCCUGCGGUGUGGGGUGUAACCACAUACUGGAAUUCAAAUGGUCCUUUUGUAAUUAUGUACAGAAUCUGUGUGACUUAGUGUCUGACACACAGAGGUUCUAGCAGUGGACUAAUGGACACUCCUUAUAACAGAAUGGCCGGCGGGGGAGACUACCCAACCCUGGUCUUAAUGUUGUAGUUUUAUAGCAAACAGAUAUUGUAAAAUUUUUGUAUUAAAAAGUCUGUGGCAGUAAGACAAAGUGUCUUGUAAAUUAAGAUUUUACGAAGCAUUAAAAUGUUUUAAAGUUACUCUCUGGGAAUUCUGUAUAUCACACUGAAGUUUUUUAUAUCAUUAUGUUAAUAAAAGUUAUUGACUGUAAUUUUGAAAUAUGUGAAAAAAAUUUUAAUUACCCUAAAUAGGAUACAUUAUACAUUCAUCUUUUCUGAAUAUUAAAAAAAAAAGCCUAUGCUCACAGCAUAAAAUCUACAAAGCACAUGAUAGUGUAAAGAAGACAAUGAAGUCUCCCAUGACCCUCCCUCUUGGUAAGAACGGCAUUGGUAUUUGAUGUAAAUCCUUUUGAGGAUUUAUUUGUUCCUUAAAGAAUUUUUACAGAAUUAGAAUCAUACAGUUUUAUAACCAGCUUUUGUACUUAAGAAAUUAGACAUCUUAAUUUAUGACACGCAUUUUUCCACGUGUUUUAGCAGCUGCCGUGGGGGGACCAGGACCAGAGGCAGCGCCUCCUCACUUGCUGUGUCGGGUCGUUUCAGCUGCACUGCAAGGAGCCUCGUGGGCUUGCGUGCUCGCUGGCAAUGCCUGCCCUGCCGGGGCGUGGCACCUGCAGGCUGAGUCGUGCCAGGCGUGGAGCUUUGGGUGCUGCUGCGUGGAAGGAAAGGCCUCUUUGGCAGCCCGCUGCCCAGGCACUAGAGAAAUUAUGAACAUAGCUGACUUGUUUUAAAGUGAUUCUGCUGGGACGGUCAGCACAACCCUGUGGGGGAAAGCUGCUCCCUGGGUUUGUCUAGUUCCUGCCGGAGUCUGCCUUCAGACCCGCCAGCAGAGGGCCGCUGGCGCCCGCGUCUCGCUGGCAGCGUGUGCUGUCCCCAGCUCGUGUGCGUGCUACUUGCUAUGUACAGAAAGGAGAGAGAGCAGUAUUUCUUUCUAUCUGAGAUCAUUCUGCAGGAGUUUUGGGUCUUAAUGGGUUGAGAAAGAAACACUUCAGUUCUGAACUGGAUGCAGUAACAGUGUGGUAACACCCUGUGCAGCAUUUGUCCCCUUUCGUAUGAUGUCCAUUGUCAGUAAUGAAGAAUUCUUGUAAGAGGUAACUACAUGCAAAAUUUCAAAGC